CGCAGUGUUGUGCUGAUGGUACUACCAACCCGUUAGCAGCCGCAGCCUCCUCCUCUUCCAUCAUGGCUCCCUCGGCGGACAGGCAGGGAUACUGGGGCCGGCCGACCUCAACGCUGGACUGGUGCGAAGAGAAUUAUGUCGCCUCCUUUUACAUCGCCGAAUUCUGGAACACGGUCAGCAACCUGAUUAUGAUUCUUCCUCCCAUUUAUGGGGCUGUCCAGACGUUCCGAGACGGCCUAGAGUUUCGCUACAUCUGCUCUUUUCUCGGACUGGCAGCUGUUGGUGUGGGUUCCUGGUGCUUCCACAUGACGCUGAUCUAUGAGAUGCAGUUACUGGACGAGUUGCCAAUGAUUUAUAGUACAUGCGUCUUCGUCUACUGUCUAUAUGAGUGUUUCAAAGAAGAGAACAGAGUUGGUUUAUUACCCAUCACCUUACUGUUAAUCUUCAGUGUUUCAGUCACUGUGGUGUACUUGCAGUGGAAGGAGCCGGUCUUCCACCAGGUCAUGUAUGGUGCUCUCGUGGCCAGCCUAGUGAUGCGAUCUGUCUUCAUUGUUACAUGGGUGUACCCAUGGCUCCGGUCGCUGUGCUACACCUCCUUAGGAGUCUUCCUGUUAGGAUUCUUACUGUGGAACAUUGACAACAUCUUCUGUGACACAUUAAGAACCAGUAGGCAGACGCUUCCCUCUGGUGUUGGAGUAGUAACACAGUUCCAUGCUUGGUGGCACAUCUUCACAGGCCUCGGGUCCUACCUGCACAUCAUUCUCAGCCUCCAGAUCAGGUCAACCUACCUCAAGCACAGACCAAAUGUAAAGUUCCUUUAUGGAGUUUGGCCCACGCUGCACAUUGAUCCACAGAAGACGAGUUGAAAUGACGUGCGAAGGGGCCGAUUGAAGACCGGUGACUGUUACAUCAUCAGCACGGGGACCUGCCAAAGGCACUGAUGGGAACUCAGCCCACAGCUAGAGGGCAGCUGGACACCAAGGCACCCCCCUAGAUACCCCAGGGUGCUGCACUGUGGAGAUUCUACUAAGAACAGUAAAGCACUGAAUCAAGUUUUAAGAAACAGAAGAUUUGUUUCAUAAUUUGUUAGAUUAGCAAUUAUGUAAUUUUUAAAGUGUAAUAAUUGUAGUUUCUCAUUCAAUUUAACUGCAAUUAUGAUGUGGAGGCCACUGCAGUGGUAAAGAAGGGGUGUGGUUGUUAUUUUAUAUAGGGCUUAGGAACAGGGAAAAGCUAAAUGAACUUAAAUAGAUGUCUAAACUAACGUGUAACUAAGACUUCUUCAAAUGUCUACUUUUAACACAGUGUUGUUAUCCCAUUUCAAGGAGUAUUCUAUUGGAUGGGAUCACUACAUUUUGGAUAACAGGUGCCAACUAAAAGUGAAAGCAAGAAUGUGUUAUUUUAGCUCAGCUGUCUGGACGGGACGACCCUCCUUCAUUUUUACCUUACGUAAGUUUUCCUCUUAAAACAUGCCAAGAAGGGAACAAUUAAUUCCUCUUUUCUUUCUCGGCCACGUCUGCUGUGGGAUUCAAAAACUCAUUUAACAUGGCAUGCUUCUCAGUGUUUCACCUCCUCGUAUUCCAGAAAGAAAUGCAAUGAUCACAACAUUAUCACACGUGAUUUUAUUGUUGUUUGGGACAAAGUUAAGUUUAUAAACAGUAGGGAAAGCAGGUCAAUCACUUUUGACAGGUUGAGUUUCCCAGGACAGACGAAUGCUUUCAAUUUUUAAAGUGACGCGGCACACAAUAUGUUAAAGAGAAAAAUGUCCUGUUUUUGGAAUGUUAAUUCGGUAAUAGAAAGUAAUGUGUGUUUCAAUCAUUGCGUCCUCAUUGGCUGGAGACGGUUAGGUACUAGACACACUAGUUUAGCCUGCUGCUUUGUUAGAGUAAUUUUUAACCGGUAGCUUUUAGUAGAAGUAGAAGUCAAGACUAGACAAUUCCACCACAUUUGAUUAAUGACACUUAUUUAAGUCCUCUUUUAUUUUAUUUAUUUACACCGUCGCAUGAAGCUGAAGAGUCCAGUGGCGCAUAUAUCUUAUAUCAUAACUCCUGUCUGGGAAACAUUUUACGAUACAACCGCCAGGUGGCAUCAUUCUCCAGCUUAUUUCAGACAUUGCCAAACAUUCCAGUGUGCAUUGAUAAAGCUUCUACCUACAGUAGUACUCGUAGUAUCUUUGACCUGGCGCUCCUGUGAGGUGUCCGUGGCGUGGAACAAGGGAAGGAUUUAUUGGUAGUAUGUCUUGCUGCUGUGAGUACGUGGAUAUGUAAUGGUAACAAUAGAACCGGGAGCCUCCAGGAAGUGUUCGGAGGUGCCCAUCGCACAGCUUUUGUUGUUGGUAGGCCUGCUGAACUGUUACUGAGACACCAUAAAUCUGUGUUUCAUCACGCAUGUGCACGCUUCGUCACACUGCUUGGGUGUAACUACAGGGUAAAACAAGAGUUACGAAGUCCUCACAAGCACAAUGUGGGAAAGAAACAGUAUUAAUAUUGUUCAAAUGUCUGUGUGGAACCUUAAUGUUAUAUUAUUAUCAUUAACAUCACUGUCCAUCAGCUGCCAGAGAGGGUGCCUUAUUGUUAUCCUUACGGUCCAAGUAAUCCUAGUUGCCUUGAAGUCGGUGGGAAAACAGAACCAUUCAAAUGUUCAAUUUAUUUCUCGUGUUCAACAUGUUUGCCACAGUUCCUUCUCAUGAUGUUAACUGUUUCUGUUAGUUCAAAACACGUGUGGAUGCCGGAGGAGCAGACUCUGGUCAUGUGCCAGACUUUAAUGAUGUCCUGUAUUGUCAAAUAAAAGAAAAUGUGUUCGAUCA